ACCACCCCGCCCGUCCGCCCGAGGGCUAAAAGUCCACGGGAGGCGCUUUCAUGGGCGGCCAUGUGAUUGACAGCCCCUCGGUGACAUCACCGGACGACAAAAAGAGUGGCCGGCCGAGGGGAAGGAGCCAAUCAAUCGCAGCACUCCGGCGGUGGCGCACGGCGCGACCAUCCACAGAGCGCAACCCAAUUCCACUUUGCUUCCAGACUUUGACACGCUUUUUCGUUGUUGGGAAGAUGUUCUACCGAGACGCGUUCUACUUUGAUCGCUCCCUCUUGCGCGCAAAAACUUCCUCGUGACAAGAACCCGUUUGGUCCUCUGGUUUUUUUUUUCUUCUUUGUGCGUGUGUGUGUGUGCGUAAAAAAAGGACGAAUCGCAGAGAGAACCAAGCCGGCGCGUGUGACAUUAUGUGCGCGAGCGGACAAAUGAGGGUGUCGGGCUGUCUGUCUGUGGUCCUCCGCGGAGAAGCAGCGUGGAUUUAACGCGACUUCAUGUGGACUUUAUCGGAGCCCAACGGUGGAACGACGACCGGACACAACGCUUCCUCGUCAGGGACUGACUGAUCAUGGUCACCGUGGUCGGCUCUCUCAUGGUACUGCUUAUGGCUCAGGUGUUGAUGGAAGGCGCGACGGGACUCAUCCCCGAGGUGGGCCGAAGGCGGUACGGCGAGUCGGGCCGGCACAGCCCGCAGCAGUCUGCGGGCGCCCUGCACGAGUUUGAGUUACGGCUCCUCAGCAUGUUUGGCCUGAAACGCAGGCCGUCGCCAGGCAAGCACGCCGUCGUCCCGCGGUACAUGGUGGACCUGUACCGCAUGCACUCGGCCAACGGCGACCACAGUGCCCGGCGGCCCAAGAACAUGGGAAGGCACGCCGAGAGGGCAGCCAGUGAGGCCAACACGAUUAGAAGCUUUCACCACGAAGAGUCUAUGGAGGCCCUGGCCAGCCUGAAAGGCAAAACCACCCAGCGGUUCUACUUCAACCUCACUUCCGUCCCAGAAGAGGAGCGCAUCACGUCGGCAGAGCUUCGCAUCUACAGGGACCAAGUCAAGGACGUCACCCCCGCCAGCCCCAACAACAGCUCCGCAAACGUCAGCUCGGCGGCCGCCGGCUUCCAUCGCAUCAACAUUUACGAGAUAUUCGGCACGCCCAAAUCUGGCGGCGACGGGGAGCCUCUGGUUCGCUUGCUAGACACCCGGUUGGUGAAGGACUCUUUCAGCCGGUGGGAAAGCUUCGACGUCAGCCCCGCUGUGUCGCAGUGGACUUCCGGGAAAGGUCACAACCACGGCUUCAUGGUGGAGGUGCACCACCCGGAGGAGCGGCAGGCCAGCGACGAGCACGCCCGUCGACGCGGCAGGCACGUGCGGGUGAGCAGGUCCCUGCACCAGGACCAGGACUCGUGGCCUCAAGCCAGGCCUCUGCUGGUGACGUACGGCCACGACGGGCGCGGGGACUCGGUGCUGCACACGCGAGAAAAGCGCCAGGCCACGCUGCGCAAACAGCGGCGGAAGCACCAGCACAAAGCCAACUGCAAGAGGCACGCGCUAUACGUGGACUUCAGCGAUGUGGGCUGGAACGAGUGGAUAGUGGCGCCCCCGGGCUACCACGCCUUUUACUGCCACGGGGAGUGUCCCUUCCCCCUGGCGGACCACCUCAACUCCACCAACCACGCCAUCGUGCAGACGCUGGUCAACUCUGUGAACUCCAACAUCCCGAAGGCGUGCUGCGUGCCCACCGAACUGAGCCCCAUCUCUCUGCUUUACCUGGAUGAAUACGAGAAGGUCAUCCUUAAAAACUAUCAGGACAUGGUGGUCGAGGGAUGCGGCUGCCGGUGAGAAUGAGAAAGCGGGUACAGGCGGAAGGUGUCAAAAAAAAGAGACAUCAAAAAGGGUGAUGAUGGACACCCGGUUUUCCCAAUGAAGACGUUAUUUAUAUGAAAAGACACAAACAGAGCUAUCCUGGAAGAAGCAUAUAAUAUGAAUAUAUUUAUGUCUCUGUCAAGUUGGGAAAUAAAUAUUUUAAUCAGAGGAAUAUAUUCCUUUUACUGGUUUUGAAAAAAAAAAAAACUGUAUUUCUGAUGUACAUUUCCAAAUGGGUGCAAUACCACAUGAAGUAUAAUGCGCAGAUGUUUUUCUAUUUUGUAUUUAUUUCUAUCAUAACCACUUUAUUUGUAAAUAAAUGUGUAUUUAUCGUGAGAAAAUAUGCUCUGCCUCGAGUCCCCCCCCCCCACCCCCCUGCCCCACAACAUCGGUGACACACAGAAAUACACACAACACGCCAGCAGAAGCGCGUCGUCUUCUUACAAAGAUUGCAAAAGCAAGCGGUGAGCUCUUGAUGGUAAGUGUAACUGGAGCGCAACAACAAUAGUGUAGUCGGCUGAGGUCAGAGUGCCACUGCUGCAGCGAAGUGCAGUCAUAGGACGGCGGAGACAAGUUACACAAGCGCAAGAGACUCCCGUGGGAGGGUUAGAAAAACAUCGGAGCUUGUUUUCCAAGAACG